GCAUUGUUUGUUGUUGUAACAGUGACGUAUGGUCAUUGUAGAGAGAGAGAGAGUAAUGUUCUGGUGAUGUGCUAGAGCUCUCCUCGAGAGACAAAUUGUAUCAAUUCUUUUCAUUGUUAAUAAAGAUUACGGUUUGUUUCUAUCAAUUGGUGCGUUCGUGAUCGAGAUCGAAGUCUUCGCAAGAAAAGUUAGGGUUUGACGAUUUGGGGGUUUUGUGAAAUCGAAGAAAUUUCAGAUCAGAGAUGGUGAUGACACAAGAAUUGCCGACUAUUACAGAGUUAUCUGAUGCGGAACAAACGGCGGCGUCGUUAACGGAGGUUCAUGAACAGUUGACAGAUAUGAGUAACAAGAUUCGUCGUUCGGAUUCGAGGACAGAUUCAAAGUUGGAGUCUUUGCGAGUUGAUUUGAGUGCAAAGAUUGGGGUUCAUGAUCAGCAGUUGGUCGAUAUAGGACGCAAGCUGGAUUUGGUGCUUUGUGCGUUACCGGGAAUAGCGACGGUGCAAGAAAUUGGCGGAUCUAGCCAUGGUGGAGCCCCAAGAUCGCAAGAUCGGCCUAACCAGAAACCACGCAACUUACCUGAGAUGGUAGCAGAGGCUAGAGCAAUGGAGUCUAGUAUCAUAAGAAGAGUGGUGAAAAAGGAGUUAUUACUGGCCAAUAAAGAGAAUUAUGAAGCUGAUAGUAAAAGUAAUACAACUUUUAACACUAAUACAUGGAAAAUGAAGUCUAUUGCCACAGAUUCUGUCCAAAUGUCUCUAAAAUCAUUGUCUAGUGGUUUUACAUUAAGCACAAAAGGAGUGGAAGUGGAGUUGUGUAACCAGCAGUUGUUACAGGCAGAAGGGCAGCCAUUGACUGAAGGACUUCAAGAAGUGUUGACAAAGUAUGAUCAGGUGUUUGAGAUCCCUACAGGGCUACCUCCAAUCAGAGGAAGAGAGCACUCCAUUAAUCUCUUACCUGGGAAUAAUGCGAUCAGUGUCAGGCCAUAUAGAUAUCCACAUGCACAGAAAGAAAUCAUGGAGAAGAUGGUUCAGGAGAUGCUGGAUUCUGAUCUGUUCACGGAAGAAGAUGAAGUGAUAAUUGAACCUGAAACAGUGAUUGAGACUCGUUAUAAUGCCAAUGGUGUUCUGGAAGCUUUAGUUCAUUGGAGAGGACUGCCUGAUCAUGAGAAUACAUGGGAAGUGGUGAAGGAUUUACAGAGACAGUAUCCUACUUUGGCGCUUGAGGACAAGCUGCGUUUCGAAGGGGGGGGUAUUGAUAAGCUCCAUAACGUGUAUAUAAGGAAGAAGAGUAGAGAAGCAACACGUGUACAAGAAGAAAAGAGCACAUCAGAGAUGGUGAUGACACAAGAAUUGCCGACUAUUACAGAGUUAUCUGAUGCGGAACAAACGGCGGCGUCGUUAACGGAGGUUCAUGAACAGUUGACAGAUAUGAGUAACAAGAUUCGUCGUUCGGAUUCGAGGACAGAUUCAAAGUUGGAGUCUUUGCGAGUUGAUUUGAGUGCAAAGAUUGGGGUUCAUGAUCAGCAGUUGGUCGAUAUAGGACGCAAGCUGGAUUUGGUGCUUUGUGCGUUACCGGGAAUAGCGACGGUGCAAGAAAUUGGCGGAUCUAGCCAUGGUGGAGCCCCAAGAUCGCAAGAUCGGCCUAACCAGAAACCACGCAACUUACCUGAGAUGGUAGCAGAGGCUAGAGCAAUGGAGUCUAGUAUCAUAAGAAGAGUGGUGAAAAAGGAGUUAUUACUGGCCAAUAAAGAGAAUUAUGAAGCUGAUAGUAAAAGUAAUACAACUUUUAACACUAAUACAUGGAAAAUGAAGUCUAUUGCCACAGAUUCUGUCCAAAUGUCUCUAAAAUCAUUGUCUAGUGGUUUUACAUUAAGCACAAAAGGAGUGGAAGUGGAGUUGUGUAACCAGCAGUUGUUACAGGCAGAAGGGCAGCCAUUGACUGAAGGACUUCAAGAAGUGUUGACAAAGUAUGAUCAGGUGUUUGAGAUCCCUACAGGGCUACCUCCAAUCAGAGGAAGAGAGCACUCCAUUAAUCUCUUACCUGGGAAUAAUGCGAUCAGUGUCAGGCCAUAUAGAUAUCCACAUGCACAGAAAGAAAUCAUGGAGAAGAUGGUUCAGGAGAUGCUGGAUUCUGAUCUGUUCACGGAAGAAGAUGAAGUGAUAAUUGAACCUGAAACAGUGAUUGAGACUCGUUAUAAUGCCAAUGGUGUUCUGGAAGCUUUAGUUCAUUGGAGAGGACUGCCUGAUCAUGAGAAUACAUGGGAAGUGGUGAAGGAUUUACAGAGACAGUAUCCUACUUUGGCGCUUGAGGACAAGCUGCGUUUCGAAGGGGGGGGUAUUGAUAAGCUCCAUAACGUGUAUAUAAGGAAGAAGAGUAGAGAAGCAACACGUGUACAAGAAGAAAAGAGCACAUCAGAGAUGGUGAUGACACAAGAAUUGCCGACUAUUACAGAGUUAUCUGAUGCGGAACAAACGGCGGCGUCGUUAACGGAGGUUCAUGAACAGUUGACAGAUAUGAGUAACAAGAUUCGUCGUUCGGAUUCGAGGACAGAUUCAAAGUUGGAGUCUUUGCGAGUUGAUUUGAGUGCAAAGAUUGGGGUUCAUGAUCAGCAGUUGGUCGAUAUAGGACGCAAGCUGGAUUUGGUGCUUUGUGCGUUACCGGGAAUAGCGACGGUGCAAGAAAUUGGCGGAUCUAGCCAUGGUGGAGCCCCAAGAUCGCAAGAUCGGCCUAACCAGAAACCACGCAACUUACCUGAGAUGGUAGCAGAGGCUAGAGCAAUGGAGUCUAGUAUCAUAAGAAGAGUGGUGAAAAAGGAGUUAUUACUGGCCAAUAAAGAGAAUUAUGAAGCUGAUAGUAAAAGUAAUACAACUUUUAACACUAAUACAUGGAAAAUGAAGUCUAUUGCCACAGAUUCUGUCCAAAUGUCUCUAAAAUCAUUGUCUAGUGGUUUUACAUUAAGCACAAAAGGAGUGGAAGUGGAGUUGUGUAACCAGCAGUUGUUACAGGCAGAAGGGCAGCCAUUGACUGAAGGACUUCAAGAAGUGUUGACAAAGUAUGAUCAGGUGUUUGAGAUCCCUACAGGGCUACCUCCAAUCAGAGGAAGAGAGCACUCCAUUAAUCUCUUACCUGGGAAUAAUGCGAUCAGUGUCAGGCCAUAUAGAUAUCCACAUGCACAGAAAGAAAUCAUGGAGAAGAUGGUUCAGGAGAUGCUGGAUUCUGAUCUGUUCACGGAAGAAGAUGAAGUGAUAAUUGAACCUGAAACAGUGAUUGAGACUCGUUAUAAUGCCAAUGGUGUUCUGGAAGCUUUAGUUCAUUGGAGAGGACUGCCUGAUCAUGAGAAUACAUGGGAAGUGGUGAAGGAUUUACAGAGACAGUAUCCUACUUUGGCGCUUGAGGACAAGCUGCGUUUCGAAGGGGGGGGUAUUGAUAAGCUCCAUAACGUGUAUAUAAGGAAGAAGAGUAGAGAAGCAACACGUGUACAAGAAGAAAAGAGCACAUCAGAGAUGGUGAUGACACAAGAAUUGCCGACUAUUACAGAGUUAUCUGAUGCGGAACAAACGGCGGCGUCGUUAACGGAGGUUCAUGAACAGUUGACAGAUAUGAGUAACAAGAUUCGUCGUUCGGAUUCGAGGACAGAUUCAAAGUUGGAGUCUUUGCGAGUUGAUUUGAGUGCAAAGAUUGGGGUUCAUGAUCAGCAGUUGGUCGAUAUAGGACGCAAGCUGGAUUUGGUGCUUUGUGCGUUACCGGGAAUAGCGACGGUGCAAGAAAUUGGCGGAUCUAGCCAUGGUGGAGCCCCAAGAUCGCAAGAUCGGCCUAACCAGAAACCACGCAACUUACCUGAGAUGGUAGCAGAGGCUAGAGCAAUGGAGUCUAGUAUCAUAAGAAGAGUGGUGAAAAAGGAGUUAUUACUGGCCAAUAAAGAGAAUUAUGAAGCUGAUAGUAAAAGUAAUACAACUUUUAACACUAAUACAUGGAAAAUGAAGUCUAUUGCCACAGAUUCUGUCCAAAUGUCUCUAAAAUCAUUGUCUAGUGGUUUUACAUUAAGCACAAAAGGAGUGGAAGUGGAGUUGUGUAACCAGCAGUUGUUACAGGCAGAAGGGCAGCCAUUGACUGAAGGACUUCAAGAAGUGUUGACAAAGUAUGAUCAGGUGUUUGAGAUCCCUACAGGGCUACCUCCAAUCAGAGGAAGAGAGCACUCCAUUAAUCUCUUACCUGGGAAUAAUGCGAUCAGUGUCAGGCCAUAUAGAUAUCCACAUGCACAGAAAGAAAUCAUGGAGAAGAUGGUUCAGGAGAUGCUGGAUUCUGGGGUUAGGGCUGCAAAUUUGGAUACAUCUGUUCAAGCAGCUGAUUCUCUUAUGAAACUCGUAUCGAAACUGAAGCAAACAUCGAUUUUUUCAGGAUUUGCAUCGCUUAACGAUCAUGUAGAACAAAGAAUAGAAGAGUUUGAUCAAGAGGCCGAGAAGACAAAUCGAUUGUUGGCUAGAAUAGCUGAUGAUGCAUCUGCCAGUCUUAAAGAGCUCGAGUCUCACCAUUACUCUUCUCCUCAAAGAUUGACUCUGAUAUAGAAAUGGCUGGAGCCAGCAGUCUGGUGAAACCGAUUAAAUAGUUGUCUCAUAAACCAGAGGUAACGGCAUUAGAAGCCAUCGGAGGAUAUGCAGUUUGUUUGUAGUCAUGUGGGCAAUCGUUUUGGACAAUCCUUCCCCCCGUUGAUCACAUUUCCUCCGAUACUUGCUUUUUCGUUGAUUCAUGUAUAAUCUAUUGUUCUCACAUAUUACUUAGCAAUCUUAAAUGUUCCAGUCUGAUGAACAAGCAUUUGAUGUUUUCAUCAUAGAUUAGUGAUUUUGUGUUGUGUAUCCUCUUGUAUUGUUCUACUUUUAUGUGAAAUUCCAAUCUCUUAACCUGCAAAGCAUAUCCUCAAAGUAAAACCUUUUUUUUUGU